AUGUCUGCCGAAGAGGACACCACUAUUGUGGAGGAUGAAUCUAUGGAGGAAGGUUCCGUGACUCAAGAGGCAACCGAAGAAACUGAAGAGGAAGAAGAUCAAGACCAGGGGGACGAAGCUGGUCCAUCCGAUCGGAGAAGAUCUUCUCGUAAGAAGGGUGGAAAAGGUGCGAAGAAGGCUUCAAAGAAGGCCGCUGCUGCAGCUGCUAAAGCUGAAAUUCCGGAUCCCUACACUGCGAGUAGCGAGGAAGUCUGUGCAGCUAUUGGAUUGACUGAUGUGCAGUUCGACUAUGAUCUGGAAGAGUUUCAAGGAAUCACGAAUCUCAAGAACUUCUCUGCUGUCGUUAAAGCGCAAAUACUCGAGGCUAAUCCGGGAACGAAUGUUUCGAAAUUGUAUCCAAUGUACCAAGUGAAAUACAAGGAGUAUCAAGAUCAUAUGACUGCUCAAGGAAAACCAGUCCAGAAACAGCAGAGAGGAAGCAAAACUCCAGCGGUGGCUACUCCAGUCGCGCCACCUAGAAGUGCUCCAACAAAAACUCGUUCUGCUAGAAAGAAGCGUCGUGAUUCCGAGGCACCGGACAGUGAUCAAGAAUUCGAGAACUUCAUAAAGCAGCAAGAACAGCUUGAAGAUGACAAAGUCAAAGAGAAGGAGGAUGCUAAAGUGAAAAGAGCUGUUCAAAAGCAGGAGAAGAAGAAGGAAGCUUUGGAAGCAGCUCGUGCUGCCAAAAAGGCCAAACUCGAACAAGGGGAAGAGGUUGAGAACAACGAUUUCUGUGAGACUUGCAAAGUUGGAGGAGAGCUUGUUCUCUGUGAUACAUGCCCACGAGCCUAUCACACGGGCUGUAUGGAUGAGGAUCCGCCAGAAGGAGACUGGAGUUGUCCACACUGCAUUGAGCACGGCCCAGAAGUCAUCAAAGAGGAGCCUACCAAGCAGAACGAUGAUUUCUGUAAAAUCUGCAAAGAGACCGAAAAUCUUCUUCUCUGUGACAGUUGCGUUUGUGCUUUCCACGCGUAUUGCAUUGAUCCACCUCUUACUCAAGUACCACAGGAAGAAACAUGGGCUUGUCCUCGUUGCGAGUGUGUCAAACCCGAGCAAAAGUCUGAGAAAAUUUUGUGUUGGCGCUGGAAGGAAAUUUCGUACCCAGACCCUGUACCAGAGGGUACAGUGCCAACUGAAGAUGAUGCGUUGCUCAAACCUCCCCGUAAAAUGGCACCACGACGAGAGCGCGAGUUCUUCAUCAAAUGGAAGUACUUGUCUUAUUGGCAAUGCUCCUGGGUCUCCGAAAUGAUGCUUGAAGUGCAUUUCCGUAUGGUGAGUUCUAAUUUUCAAUACAUGAUGUACUUCCGCAGGAAUGACUCAGAAAUCCCUCCAGAGUUCGAAGAGUCUACAGCAUCCCGCCAUCACUCGGAUAAUGACCCAUACAAACUCCGUGAGAAGUACUAUCAAUUUGGUGUGAAGCCAGAAUGGAUGCAAAUUCAUCGUAUCAUCAACCAUCAGUCUUAUGCGAAGUCUCAACAAGAUUAUCUUGUCAAAUGGAAGGAACUUUCUUAUGACGCGGCUACCUGGGAACGAGAUGAUGCAGAUAUUGCCAACUAUGAAGAGGCUAUUAUCAAGUACUGGCAACAUCGUGAAAGAAUGCUCAAUGACGAUGUGCCAAAGAAUGUGCAGAAAAUGAUAGCAAAACAUCGUGAAGCUAAAGGACUUCCACCGAAAGAGGAGGAGUCUAGAAGACCGAAGAAGCGUGAGAAGGUCGAUAUCCGAAAGAAGUACGAUGUGCAGCCAGACUAUGUCUCCGAAACCGGAGGAAAUCUUCACCCAUAUCAGCUGGAAGGAAUAAACUGGCUUCGCCAUUGUUGGUCCAACGGAACGGAUGCCAUUCUUGCCGACGAAAUGGGUCUCGGAAAGACUGUUCAGUCGCUUACAUUUUUGUACACUCUCAUGAAAGAAGGACAUUGCAAGGGACCCUUCCUCAUCGCUGCUCCACUCUCCACGAUCAUCAAUUGGGAGCGUGAAGCUGAACAGUGGUGUCCAGAUUUUUAUGUGGUUACAUACGUCGGAGACCGUGAUUCCCGUGUUGUUCUUCGAGAACAUGAGUUUUCAUUUGUUGAUGGAGCCGUCAGAACGGGUCCGAAAGCAGGAAGAAUGAAGACUACUGAUAACUUGAAAUUCCAUGUUUUGCUUACUUCCUACGAGACAAUCAACAUGGAUAAAACUAUACUUUCUUCCAUUGAGUGGGGUGCAUUGGUUGUGGACGAAGCUCAUCGAUUGAAGAACAACCAGUCGCUCUUCUUCAAAAAUCUCAACGAGUACACUAUUCACUAUCGCGUUCUUCUGACCGGAACUCCGCUUCAGAACAAUUUGGAGGAACUUUUCCAUUUGCUGAAUUUCUUGUCAAAAGAGCGUUUCAACCAACUUGAGGCUUUCACUGCUGAGUUCUCAGAGAUUUCCAAAGAGGAUCAAAUCGAAAAGCUUCAUAAUCUCCUCGGACCUCACAUGUUGCGUCGUUUGAAGGCUGAUGUGUUGACUGGAAUGCCAUCCAAAUCCGAAUUGAUCGUUCGUGUCGAGUUGAGUCAAAUGCAAAAGAAGUGGUACAAGAACAUUCUGACCCGUAAUUUCGACGCUUUGAAUGUGAAGAAUGGUGGAACCCAAAUGUCUCUUAUGAACGUGCUCAUGGAGCUUAAGAAGUGUUGUAACCACCCAUACCUAUUCGUCAAGGCAUCGCUUGAAGCACCAAAAGAAAAGAACGGUAUGUACGAGGGAACCGCUCUUAUAAAGAAUUCCGGAAAGUUCGUACUCCUUCAAAAAAUGUUGAGAAAGCUUAAAGACACAGGACACAGAGUUCUUAUAUUCUCUCAAAUGACUAUGAUGAUGGACAUAUUGGAAGAUUUCUGCGACGUUGAAGGCUACAAAUAUGAGAGAAUCGACGGAAGUAUCACUGGCCAAAUGAGACAGGAUGCUAUUGAUAGAUACAAUGCUCCAGGUGCUCAACAGUUCGUCUUCCUUCUCUCUACUCGUGCUGGAGGUCUCGGUAUCAACUUGGCUACCGCCGAUACUGUCAUCAUUUACGAUUCGGAUUGGAACCCUCACAACGAUAUCCAAGCUUUCUCUCGUGCCCAUCGUCUUGGACAAAAACACAAAGUUAUGAUUUAUCGUUUCGUAACAAAGAAUUCAGUUGAAGAGAGAAUCACCACUGUUGCCAAGAAGAAGAUGCUUUUGAAUCACUUGGUUGUACGUGCUGGAUUGGGAGGCAAAGAAGGAAAGAGUAUGAGUAAAACUGAACUAGAUGAUGUGCUCCGAUGGGGAACUGAAGAGCUGUUCAAGGAAGACGAGGCCGUUGCUGAAGGUGCUGAAGGAGCCGAAGGUGCGGAGAAAAAGGGAACGACCCAAGAAAUCGUUUGGGACGACGCUGCUGUCGAUUUCCUUUUGGAUCGUGACAAGAAGGAGGAGACAGGCCCAGGUCCUGAAGACGGUGAAGGAAAGGCUGAUUGGCAGAAUGAGUACCUCAGUUCAUUCAAGGUUGCCAGUUAUCAAACUAAGGAAGCCGAAGGACAAGAGGAGGAAGAGGAGGAUGAGAUAGAAGUGAUGAAAGAAGGAGAUGAGAAGGAACCUGAUCCAGAUUACUGGGAGAAGCUUCUGAAGCAUCACUACGAACAAGACAAAGAGAUUGAAGCUCAAAAGCUCGGAAAAGGAAAGCGUGUUCGAAAACAAAUCAACUAUGCUAGCGAGAACAUGGGCACUGAUUGGAGCAAGCAGAACCAACCUCAAGAAGAUGACGAUGACAACGAAUCGUAUCAUGGGUCUGAUAAUGGCGACCCGUUGAACUCUGACGACGAUGAUUACGAUGAAAAGCGAAAGAAACGUCGUGACGAAAAUAACGAGAAAAUGCCUCCACUCAUGGCGAAAGUUAACGGCCAAGUCGAGAUUCUGGGCUUCAAUCCACGCCAGAGGAAGGCAUUCUAUGGGGCAGUGAUGCGUUGGGGUAUGCCACCACAGGACUCUCACCAAUCUCAAUGGCUGGUUCGCGAUUUGAGAAACAAAUCAGAGAAGGUGUUCCGCGCUUAUGCAUCACUCUUCAUGCGUCACUUGUGCGAACCAGGAGCUGAUGGACAUGACACUUUUAACGAUGGAGUGCCUAGAGAAGGGCUCAAUCGCCAGCACGUUCUCGGACGUAUUGGAUUGUUGAGUCUAGUUCGCCGCAAAGUUAAUGAGUUCGAAGAUUUUAAUGGCGCUUGGUCGAUGCCGGAAGUUCAAGACGAGAUUCUCUCUAAGGCUGCCAAUGGAUCUGCAGAAGAAUCGUCUAGAAACUCACCAAAGCCCAAAGACGUUAAAGAGGAAGUUAAAGAAGAGAAAGAAGCAACACCGGUAACAACACAAGAUGAGCCAAUGGAGAAGACUGACGAUGCCAUGGAGAGCACAUCUGAAGAGACACCAGAUGCUGAAAAGACUUCUGAGAAUACCGAAACUGCAGCCGAAGCUUCGGCCGAAGAACCCGUUCAAAAAGAUGAGCCAAUGGAAACUAAUGCGCCAGUAGAGGAAGUGAAGGAGGAAGAAAAGAAGCCAAAAGCAGCUCGCCCACCAUUCAAGUUUAAUAUCUGCGAUGGAGGCUUCACAGAGCUCCAUGCUUUGUGGACCAAUGAAGAGAAAGUUGCUCGAAAUGGAAGAGAGUACGAGAUCUGGUAUCGCCGACACGAUUACUGGCUUUUGGCGGGAGUCAUGCUUCACGGAUAUGGCAGAUUCCAAGCUAACUUCAAUGACAUCAUCAAUGAUCCAAAGUUCGCUAUUCUGAACGAGCCAUUCAAGGAGGCUGGUGCCGAUGCGGUUAUCUCAGCUGAUCUCAAAUCGAAAUUCAUGCAACGACGUUUCAAACUUCUUGAGCAAUCACUUGUCAUCGAGGAACAACUCCGCCGUGCCGCUCAUGCAAAUCGUCAUCUUACACCAGACAACGUUGGACCACUGGCUCAACGUUUUGCUGAUUUGGAGAAUAUUGCUGAAUCACAGGCAAAUAUUGCAAAAGAAAGUGCUGCAGGAAACCGCAACGCCAAUGCAGUUCUUCACAAAUGCUUGGUCCAACUUGAUGAGAUUCUCUCUGAUAUGAAGUCCGAUGUUUCUCGCCUACCGGCUACAUUCACUCAGCUAUCAUCGGUUACUGAACGUUUGAAUAUGACAGAGAGACAAAUUCUCUCUCGUUUGACCACUAAAGAUGAAGAUGCUAAAGCCGGUCGGACUCCAAUUCCACCACCAGGACCAUUUGUAACUCCAGUUCUUCGCCAACAAAUGGAUGGCAUACAACCGAAGUUUGCCGCUCUUUACAGCAAAUUCAUGAGCGAAAACGGAGAAAGAAUGGAAGAGGAUGAGCCAGUUCAGGCUGAACCGGAAGAUGUUCCAGUCAAAGAAGAGCAAGAAGAUGGAGAAAACGCUGAUGCUGGUGAAACUCCACCAGUAUUGAGUAAGACAACACCGAAGAAGGAGGCGAAACCGCAUCACAAGCUGAACCAGAAGCAAAUCAAGCCGUUGAACAAGAAGCCGAGGCUGAGCCAGAGCCUGAACCAAUGGAGACUUAAUACCCAUUCCCAGCCACUUUUAACCCCAUAA